AUGAGUGUGGCCAAUGUUAGAAAAGCUAUAUUGAAGGCAACUGAUGCUAAACUAAGAAAUGAUAACUGGCAAUAUAUUUUGGAAGUUUGUGAUUUAAUCACUGAGGAUCCAGAAGAUGCUGGUAAUGAAUCCAUAAAGGUUAUAGAAGAAAGAUUACAGCAAGACGAUGCAAAUGUAAUCUUAAGAACUUUAUCGUUAAUACUAUCAAUGGCUGAAAACUGUGGUUCAAGAAUUAAGCAAAAGAUUGAUUCAAAAAAGUUUACCAAUAUUUUAAAAAGUAUCAUAGAUAAUCAAUCUAUUCAUUUGAUCGUUAAAAAACGAGUCGUUGAUAUCACUAAACAACUUUCCGUAUCCUUUAAAGAUGACCCAUCUUUAAGAUAUGUAAGUGAUCUGUAUCAAAGUUUGUUAUCUGAUGGAUCUUAUUCUUUUCUAUUUGCAUCUGAUGACAAUAGUUCUAGUACCCCAAAACCGCAGGUAAAAUCAAGUGUUAAGGAUGAUGAUGAUGAUUUCCAAAGAGCCUUAAAAUUAUCAUUAUUAGAGUAUGAACAGCAAAAACAAAGUAUUCCUGAACCAAACCAACCGCAGCAACAACCACAACAACAACCGAAUCAUCAACCAAAUCAUCAACCAAAUCAUCAACCAAAUCAUCAACAACCACCACAACAACAACAAACCGUUCAACCACCUGUACAGGAGAAACCAACUGUGGUAAGAAAAGUAAGAGCAAUGUACGAUUUGAGCUCUAAUGAACCUGAUGAAUUAUCAUUCAAGAAAGGGGAUAUCAUUACUGUCUUAGAACAGGUAUACAGGGAUUGGUGGAAAGGUACUUUAAGAGGUAACAUUGGUAUUUUUCCAUUGAAUUACGUAACUCCAAUAUCAGACCUAUCUAAUGCUGAAUUGGAACAAGAACUGACUCGAGAGAAUAAGCUAUUUUCACAAAAAACUAAUAUAGAUCAACUGCACACCAUGCUAAGAUCAACAAAUAAUGGUCAAGAAUUAUCCCAAGAUCCACAAAUAAAUCAAUUAUAUGGAGAAGUGACGCCAUUGAGACCACAGAUUGCCAAAAUGAUUGGCAAGUAUUCACAAAAGAAGGAUGACUUGACUUCGUUACGUCAAAUUUUGGCAAAUGCUGAAUCGACAUAUAAUCAAAUGUUAGACCGUGCGGCUAAUUCAUAUAUCCCUCCAUCUAAUACCAACAUAGCCCCAUCUGUACCUCAAGUUCAAGCUCAAGUUCAAGGUCAGUCUCAAUUGCAACCACAACAGACUAACCAACAAAUCCAAUAUCAGCAUAAUCUCCCACAACAAUCUCAGAACCAAGCAUUUUACCAACCUCCUGUGUACACUCAAAGUCCAAGUUAUCCACAACAAGUACCUGGUACUGUCAAUAGUACACAAGGAGCCCAUAAUCAACCGGUUCCUCAAGGACAAUUGAACGAUACUCAACAACCUACUUACCAGCAAAAUUACACACCUUAUCCUGUCAGUAAUCAGCAUACAGGUAUGUAA